AGGCUUUGUGAAGGGUUGUAAACACGUUACAGUAUUUUGGAUUUCAUCCAUCAAGUAAAAGACAUGGAUGUUGCUGAACAGACCAUUGUUACAAAGCAAGUGAAAGAUCAAGUUGGUGAAAGAUGUCAAAAGUUAUUUCAGGAUUUCCUGGAAGAGUUUAGAGUGGAUGGCGAGCAGAAGUAUACAGUUGGAAUUAAUGACCUGGGUCGCCCAGAGAGAAACACAUUGACGGUCAGUUUGGAGGAUGUUGAUAAGUUCAAUCAGAACCUUGCCACCACAAUUCUUGAGGAAUAUUACAGAGUUUACCCAUAUUUAUGUAGAGCAGUCAAAAAUUUUGUGAAGGACUAUGCUCAAACACCUCAAGGAAAAGAAUAUUAUGUCAGUUUCACAGAUGUACCCACCAGAUUGAAGGUGAGAGAGAUGACGACAGCAAAAAUUGGAACUCUCUUACGAAUCUCCGGCCAAGUGGUGAGAACCCACCCAGUUCAUCCGGAGCUGGUCCUAGGAACAUUCAUGUGUUUGGACUGCAGAACAGUUAUUCCAGAUGUAGAACAGCAGUUCAAAUUUACACAGCCCAGCAUUUGCAGGAACCCUGUAUGUAACAACAGGUCCCGUUUUAUGUUGGAUGUGAACAAAUCCAGAUUUGUGGACUUUCAGAAAGUUCGGAUACAGGAAACACAAGCUGAACUUCCAAGAGGAAGCAUUCCCAGAAGUGUGGAGGUGAUUCUGAGAGCGGAGGCUGUAGAGACGGCUCAGGCUGGUGACAAGUGUGACUUCACAGGAACUCUUAUUGUUGUCCCUGAUGUCGCCACCAUGUCGUUACCAGGUGCUAGAGCUGAAACAGGUGCAAGAGUAAAGGGAGCUGAAGGGUAUGAAACAGAGGGGGUCCGUGGACUGAAAGCCCUUGGAGUCCGAGAUCUCACCUACAGGCUAGCCUUCCUGGCCUGUUCUGUGUCUUCAAGUAAUCCAAGGUUUGGAGGCCGAGAUUUGAGAGAUGAUGAAAUGACUGCUGAGACUUUGAAGAAACAGAUGACAGCUGAUGAGUGGCAGAAAGUUUAUGACAUGUCACAGGAUAAAAAUCUGUACCACAAUCUCUGUACCAGUCUCUUCCCAACUAUUCAUGGCAAUGAAGAGGUUAAAAGGGGGAUUCUGCUUAUGCUGUUUGGAGGUGUUCCCAAGGUUACGCAGGAGAGAACCAAUCUCCGUGGUGACAUCAACAUUUGCAUUGUGGGUGAUCCUAGCACAGCUAAGAGCCAGUUCCUUAAACAGGUUGAGGAGUUCAGUCCACGAGCUGUUUAUACGAGUGGGAAGGCCAGUUCAGCUGCUGGUCUGACAGCUGCUGUAGUGAAGGAUGAGGAAUCAUACGAGUUUGUUAUUGAGGCUGGUGCUCUCAUGUUAGCUGACAAUGGCGUUUGUUGUAUUGAUGAAUUUGAUAAGAUGGAUCCCAAGGACCAGGUGGCCAUUCAUGAAGCCAUGGAACAGCAGACAAUUUCAAUUACUAAGGCUGGAGUGAAGGCCACUUUGAAUGCUAGGACAUCCAUCUUGGCAGCUGCCAAUCCAAUUGGAGGAAGAUAUGACAGAACAAAAUCACUGAAGCAGAACAUUACCCUGACUGCCCCCAUCAUGUCCAGAUUUGACCUUUUCUUCAUUCUAGUGGAUGAGUGCAAUGAGGUGACAGACUAUGCCAUUGCCAGGAGAAUAGUUGAUUUGCACAGCAGGAAUGAAGAGUCAGUGGACCGUGUCUACUCAGUGGAGGAUGUCACCAGAUAUCUCAUGUUUGCAAGGCAAUUCAAACCCAAGAUAAGUGCUGAUGCCCAGGAAUACAUGGUGGAGGAGUAUAAGAGACUGAGACAGAGGGAUGGCUCGGGGGCCCACAAGUCAGCCUGGAGGAUCACUGUCAGACAGCUGGAGAGUAUGAUCCGACUGUCAGAGGGCAUGGCUAGGCUUUACUGUGUAGAUGAGGUACAACCUAAGCAUGUUAAAGAAGCUUUCCGUCUGCUCAAUAAAUCCAUCAUCCGUGUGGAACAGCCUGAUGUUCAUCUGGAAGAAGAGGAAGAGGAGGACAAACAAGAGGAGAUGGAGGUUGAAGAGAAUGCAGAGGCUCCAGCAGAACCAGCGGGUCCUGAAGGUGAUGCUCCAAGUCACCAACAUAAGAAGGGUCUGAAGCUUUCGUACGAAGAAUACAAACAGAUGGCCAACCUUAUGGUGCUUUAUAUGAGAAAACAAGAGGAAGAAGCUCUGGAGGAUGAAACUCCAGGGUUAAGAAGAAGUGAACUAAUUGCUUGGUACCUCAAGGAAAUUGAGAAUGAGAUAGACACAGAAGCUGAACUUAUUGAGAGAAAGACUGUUGUGGAGAAAGUCAUUGAAAGAUUAGUACACCAUGACCAUGUUUUGAUUGAGUUGACACAGACGGGAAUGAAAGGACAGGAUAGCUUGAUUAGAGAAGAUGACCCUUAUAUUGUAGUACAUCCAAAUUAUGUUCUUGAUGUGUGAAAAUGAAUGAGAGAUACUGCAAAAAUUUGUGUAUUUUCCAGGAUAUUUCAACCACUAUGUGUUCAUACCAUUAAGCCCAUUUGAAAAAAAAAUACACAGAUAUUAAGGAAAUUGUAUGCAACUGAAAGGAUCAGAACUGAAAAAUACAAUAUAAUUGUCACUAAGUUUUAUAUCAGAGAAUAUUUAAUUUAUACUGUUUGAUUUUGCUAAGCUUAGCUAAUUUUGUCAUACUCUGUAAAGAAAUUUUUGAUAAAUUUUUUAUGUAUUUAUUCUGAUAAUAUUAUCAUCAAGACUUGUCGAAGAAACACGAUAAUGAUUGUAGUAAUCUACAAUGUGUGGAACAAGUGCUAAAUGUGUUUAUUUAUGUAUCAAAUUUAAUGGACAUGUGUAUAAUCUACUACAUAUGUCUGAUAUAAUUAUUUACAUUAAAAAAUGUGUGUAAAGCUAGUUUGGUAUGUAACAAUGUACCAUCACUACCCUGUAUAGCAUCUUAUAGAUAUUGACAUUUUACAUUAGUAACAAAUUUUUUGAGGCUGAAGAUCUGACAUCAUUUUAUUUAGCAUUAACUAUUGACAUGUUUGGGAUGGUGUAUGUUACUUUGUUGAUCAUCAUCUUUUAUGUAGAAAUGGAAUAGUGAUGUCUUUAUUUUUGUAUUGGCUAUUCAUUGAUAAAUUCUUAAAAUGGUACUGUAUGAGUAUUUGUUUAAUUUAUCACAUCUGUACAUAAAUGACUUGCUUGCUCAGUCAUGUGAAUUUAUAGUACUCUUGAUGUUUAUAUUCAUCACUUAAAAAGAAAUACAUUAUUUGGCAGUGACUGAGAACCAAUAUGUGAAUUCUGCAAAAUAAGUACAUAUCUAGUAUUUUUGAAUACAGACUUGUCUCUGUGGCCCAGCCAUAUUUGUGACUGAACAGUCAUCAGAACAGGACAAUUAAGAAAGUAUUGGAAUUUUCACAUCCUCAGCCAUUUGGUUGUUACCUUGACAGAAAGGGAGAAAAUUCUGUGGUCUAUGUAUUUAUUGUAAAAAUAUAAACUGAAACAUGCAAGACCUUUGAAAUUUUGCUGAAUGAUUACCAUUCCUUAAAUGAAUUGAAAGUGAUGACUGGAUUCAAUAAAUUGAACAAUAUUUAUCAA